GCUGCUCCAUCACACUCCUGAACACUAACAUGACACUCCUGAACACUAACAUGACACUCCUGAACACAAACAUGACACUCCUGAACACAAACAUGACACUCCUGAACACUAACAUGACACUCCUGACAGAACACUCCUCAACACUAACAUGACACUCCUGAACACUAACAUGACACUCCUGAACACUAACAUGACACUCCUGAACACUAACAUCACACUCCUGAACACUAACAUGACACUCCUGGACACUAACAUGACACUCCUGAACACUAACAUCACACUCCUGAACACUAACAUCACACUCUUGAACACAAACAUCACACUCCUGAACACAAACAUGACACUCCUGAACACUAACAUGACACUCCUGAACACUAACAUGACACUCCUGAACACUAACAUCACACUCCUGAACACUAACAUCACACUCCUGAACACUAACAUGACACUCCUGAACACUAACAUCACACUCCUGAACACUAACAUGACACUCCUGAAAACAAACAUGACACUCCUGAACACUAACAUGACACUCCUGAACACUAACAUGACACUCCUGAACACUAACAUGACACUCCUGAACACAAACAUCACACUCCUGAACACAAACAUGACACUCCUGAACACUAACAUGACACUCCUGAACACUAACAUGACACUCCUGAACACUAACAUGACACUCCUGAACACUAACAUGGCACUCCUGAACACUAACAUGGCACUCCUGAACACUAACAUGGCACUCCUGAACACUAUCAUGGCACUCCUGAACACUAACAUCACACUCCUGAACACUAUCAUGACACUCCUGAACACUAUCAUGACACUCCUGAACACUAUCAUGACACUCCUGAACACUAACAUGACACUCCUGAACACUAUCAUGGCACUCCUGAACACUAUCAUCACACUCCUGAACACUAUCAUGACACUCCUGAACACUAUCAUGACACUCCUGAACACUAUCAUGACACUCCUGAACACAAACAUGACACUCCUGAACACUAACAUGACACUCCUGAACACUAACAUGACACUCCUGAACACUAACAUGACACUCCUGAACACUAUCAUGACACUCCUGAACACUAACAUGACACUCCUUCACCUUUUCUCCUCUUCUCCAGCUUGUUUCCUAAUCCAGUUGUCUUUUGAAACUAUUGUUAAAUCUUGGACAAAUUGAUUUUGGUCCUUUUUGCUGAGUGAUAAGUUAUUUUUGUAAGUUGUAAAUCUGGGCAGAGUCAGAUUUUGGCCAGUGAGGUGUGAGUGUGGGCGGAGUCUGACUUUGACCAGUGAGUGUGGGCGGAGUCUGACUUUGACCAGUGAGGUGUGAGUGUGGGUGGGGUCUGAUUUUGAACAGUGAGGUGUGAGUGUGGGCGGAGUCUGACUUUGACCAGUGAAAUGUGAGUGUGGGCGGAGCUAAGGCAGCCACCUCUUGCUGUGUU